AUGGAGACAUUACACGGAUGCUGGCUUGAAGCCGACCGCGCCGAUUCCGUCGCCACCGAACUCCUUCGCAUCCGCAGCGUUCUAAAUCCCAUGACUUCAUCCUCAUCCUCACCCUCCUCUGCACACGCAACCUCGCUCUCCGCUCCCAGCUUCGACCACGAAAUCAUCACUGCCAUCCUACGACACGUCGAACAAACCUCUCGGCUGCUGCGCGACCUCCAUGAUCUCUUCCCCAUCUACCGUCUUCGCGUCGCUAUCGUCAUCUAUUAUCUCACAGUCAUCUUACCAUGCCUUCAGAGAACCUUGAGAGAUAUGCUGGAGUUUCUCACGUGUGAGGAUUUCUCGCCCCGCGUGAAGUGGGCGUUGAUGCAUGAACGGUUGAAUGAACAGGGGGGUAUGAGUUUGGCGUUGAGGUUUGUUAUGUAUGGGGAUUUCUUGGUGCAGCUAGUUAGGUUGUUGAGUAGGUGA